UUGGCUUGUAGUUAUUUAUAUGGCUAUUGUUUUUUAUUAACAAAUUCCACUGACAGAAUUAAGUGUUCCUGGCAUAAUUUGUACAACAUACAGUCAAAUAAUAAAAAUAAAAUCUAAUAAAAUACGAAAACUUUAUGUGAAAAGUUUUUUAACUGCAAAACUAUGCAGAGUUUAAGCAGCGAGUUGUAGGAUAAUCAAGUCAUCAACGCCUUUGGGGUUUAUAGGCAGAUUUCGUGAACUUGGCUGAGAAGGCCAAGAAAAUUUUCAGGUGUUCGCUAUUAGUACUUUCCCUGGUGGUGGUGAUUAACGCAAGUUUAAUCUAAAACUAUUGAUCUAGUACACUCCGACACUUUUCAAUUUCAAAAUGUAUUGCCUGCAAUGUUUGCUGCCAGUGCUACUUAUACCGAAGCCAACAAACCCUGCGCUCAUGGAAACGCAUGUCAUGUUCAUCGUACUCUACCUAAUUGGCUUUUUUCUAGAACGUAAACCGUGCACCAUCUGUAGUUUAAUAUUUCUGACAGCCGUAUUCUUAAUUUGCUAUAGCGGUGUGGGAAAUUGUAUAUUCUGGGGCAACUGCGAGGGACAUCAAUGUGAAAAUGGAUAGAAAAAUCCGAAGUUGCCAUUCUAAGCUAAAUGGAUACUCAAUGCAUAAUAAACUUAGCAUUAUUAAAUGCUAUCGUGCUAUAAACAACUUUGGGUGUCCCCUUAGUUAAGAAAUAUACAUAAAUAUAUUUCUUUUCAUUAGAUAACUUGUUUUGUUGUUUUAAAUGUUGCUGUGUUAUAGCGCUCUUAAAAUACUUUCAAUAAUAAUAUCAUAAUUUUUAACGAAAAAUUCUAUAAGCUACAUCAGUUGUAAUAAACGGGAUUAUGUGGAGAUAAAGCUUUAUAUAAAUUAAUUUCCAAAUUGUUUCUAAUAAAAAACUAUCGCAUUCGUGGAAACACGUAUGUUUACGCAUUAAUAUUUACGAAACAA